UUUGGGCGGUGGAGGUCUGCGCUGCAGUGGUACAUUCGCAAUAAAAUGGGUGUGGUUGAAUCGCGCAUAUGUGAUGCUACGUAUUUCUGGUGCAGACCGAAUGAUUUCAUGCGGGACUGAAUUGAUAGCAGAGCGAGCGCACAUUAUUUGAAUUAUUUAGAAAUCAACUGUACUGUUGUUUAUGUCGAAUUCACCCCGCCUCUUAUUCUGGCACAGUCACAUUUGAACUGAUGGACGGGUAUGCUCCUCCGGAGAGAUAACCAAGUCGAUUUUGGUUACUUUAUUUUAAUUUUUUUAAAGGGCCACGGGGUGCCUCGCGUUGUAUUGAACUGGUCAUUUCUUGAACGCGGAGCGACGGUCAAAACGAAGAGACCAGAAAUCGAAGACGGAGGAAGAAGACACUCGGGAGGGAAGAGGCGAGGAUCAAGCAACGCAAUUUAAAGACAACGACGGCACGUACUUCAUUUGAAAGCUUUACUGUAUUUGGACUUAUUACAUCUGUCGGUAGUUAUACAAUUUAAGGCGCAAAAUACGUUUGUUCCCCACAUUAGCAACGUGUUUCAGGAAUACCGUGGAAAAGGCUUCUUCCCAUUCUCACUAAACGAUCAGAGGUCGACAUUGUAGCUCCAUGCUUCAUGACAACAUCGUUUUGAUUCGUUUCGUACAUGAAACACGGAGCCGCUGAGGCCUAAACUAGCACUAGGAAAAAAAACGACAGUAUGCAGUUCUAAUCAUUUUUCCAACAGAAUAUAUAUCUAUCUGCGAAUUACUUCCGCCACCCACUUCAACAUUCCACUCACUUUAAGUGGAGACUAAAGCCAAACAGAAAGAUUAACAGGUGUCUCAGGGUGCGUGAGAGAGGUCAGAGGUUAAAAGUCUUUUCAAGAUGAGUGAGCUCGAGCAGCUUCGACAGGAGGCUGAGCAACUGCGCAAUCAGAUCAGAGAUGCCAGGAAAGCAUGUGGAGACUCCACACUCACUCAGAUAACAGCAGGCCUGGACCCGGUGGGGAGGAUACAGAUGAGGACGAGGCGCACACUGCGUGGGCAUUUGGCUAAAAUCUACGCCAUGCACUGGGGCUCAGACUCCAGGUUUCUUGUUAGUGCCUCACAGGAUGGAAAACUCAUCAUCUGGGACAGUUACACCACAAACAAGAUGCAUGCCAUCCCCUUGCGGUCAUCAUGGGUGAUGACCUGUGCGUACGCGCCAUCUGGAAACUUUGUGGCCUGUGGUGGACUGGACAACAUUUGCUCCAUAUACAGCUUAAAGACUAGAGAGGGCAAUGUUAGAGUCAGCCGAGAGCUGCCUGGACACACAGGUUACCUUUCCUGUUGCCGUUUCAUAGAUGACAAUCAAAUUAUCACCAGUUCAGGAGACACAACCUGCGCUCUGUGGGACGUGGAGACCGGUCAGCAGACCACGCUGUUCUCAGGUCACAGUGGAGAUGUGAUGAGUCUGUCAUUAGCUCCAGACUCACGGACCUUCAUCUCUGGGGCCUGUGACGCCUCAAUUAAGCUCUGGGACAUCAGAGACAGCAUGUGCAGACAGACGUUCACCGGGCACGAGUCAGACAUCAACGCUGUCUGUUUCUUCCCCAGCGGCAGUGCGUUUGCAACUGGUUCUGAUGACGCCACCUGCAGGCUGUUUGACCUGCGUGCGGAUCAGGAGCUGUGUUUAUACUCUCAUGAUAAUAUCAUCUGUGGCAUCACCUCUGUGGCCUUCUCCCGUUCUGGCCGUCUGCUGCUCGCCGGCUACGAUGACUUUAACUGCAACAUCUGGGACGCCAUGAAGGGAGACCGAGCAGGAGUGCUGGCUGGCCAUGACAAUCGUGUGAGUUGUCUUGGGGUCACAGAUGAUGGCAUGGCUGUGUGUACAGGUUCCUGGGACAGCUUCCUGAAGAUCUGGAACUGACCACACACAGCUCACAUAUUGUACACAUUAUUCACUCAUCAUUCACAAUGUAUGUACUUUACUGUACAUCUGAUGUCCUACACGGACACACAUGCCUGAUAAAAACUGUACAUAAUAUAUAGAAUUAGUGCCACAUCAUUCUAUACACAGUCACACUAUAGGUAGGUUUGGACCACAAGUUUGAAAUAGGAAUGUUUACACACAGACACACACACACUUUAUACACACUCCCUUACUUAAGGUUUGCUGGAACUACAUGGUACCCUCACUAAGAGACACAAGUACAUUUUUGGAGGAAUGAGUGAGUUGUCUAAUUUGAGCGUACAAGCCAAAACAUUUAUUUGACACGCUUCAUUUUUAGACGGAGCUCUAAGUGGUGGGUGUUGAACCAUUGAAGAGCAUCCUUUUUUAUUUUGACUUCCAUUCUGUCUUCUAUACUCAAAGUCUAAAGUACUGAAUGUUUCCAUGAGCAUGUAGAGUUGAAAAGAUGAAGGAGAUGUACCCAACCCAUCUGUAGUUGAUACAGAUCACACUUUAUGUAGCCCAUGUUUUUAUAGGAUGCGUAUGCCGGCAUAUUCCAAUAUAGAAGUAAUUAAAAUAUGUUUUUGUCUUUCAUUUUUGUUUAGAAUUUACAUUUUUAAAAGGCUUUUAUUCAUGUUUUCCUGUGUGCCGCACCCUAAGGAAAAUAAAGAGAACUAAAAAUAAAUAAAUACAAAUCUGUGCCACUAAAUAUGUGAUCACAGGUUGCUCAUAAAGGCUGUUUAAAUACUUGUUAUUUGAAAUGACUCAAUUCAUAAAAGGAGUUUUCAACUGCUUUCAUGUAAGGUCCCAGACUUCACACUGGACAAGCAAAAAGAUUAAUCUGACAGUGUUAUAAAAGCAUAAACAACAACUGAAGUGUGAUACUGAACACUUGCAUUUGAUAAAUUAUGGGGCAAAAAUUUUCAAGUAAACAUCAAUAGAUCUUUCAGAGUUUGUUUUCUAAUAUAUCUUCUACAACCCAAUCAGGAACUUGUUGAGAACCACUUGUUUGUUUGACUUGGAUCCGGUCUCAAGUCACAGGAAACAGAAUGCAUUUAUUUACAAAUGGAAUAAAAUGAGCUUGAAGGAAUAAAAAGAGACCAUUUUAACAGAGAUCAAGUUAUUUUUAAUUUUCAAAUAAUGCUGCAUUGAGACAUUACAGACUUGUGAAUGCAUUCAAUCUUUAAGACUUAAAAUCAUCUGAAGCACUCCCUCUCCUAAACAGAAACACAAAAAAAUAUGUCUAAAACAUCUACUUUUUUUUAUGAAACAGAAACUUUUAAAAAGUAAAUGAAAAGAACGAUAAUCAACCCAUCACAGAGGAUCAACUUUAUCAAGUCCUCCAGAAACAACCUUUAACCUUUCCUGGCUACUGCUAUGAGUUUAAACCAAAAGCACAACGGAAAAGAACUACAAAUCAUUCUUUGGAGUAGUAAAUAUUUGACAAAAAUCAGCUAAGGGAUUAACUUUGUAUUACUAGAGAACGACAAGAGAAAUGCCACUUGUUAGCAUAGUCCUAAUAGCAUGUAGAGUAGAUAAAUACCUCAAACACAGCAGUAAAGGCCUUAAAACGAAAACCAGACAGCUCUGCAUCUCUCCAAGACCGCUACACACGUGACCUAGUCUAGAUGAUAAACAUCUCUUCAAAUCUGGGGGAUGGUGUGUAAAAUGUCUUUACAUGUGCACCUAAACCAUGGAUUCGGUAAAACUCUU